CUUCGAUUUCCGCUCCACCCUUUCCUGCUGGAGUACCUAAGGUACGUGAGGCUGGCCCCCUGUCAGCUGACACCCAACAGCCAUUCUUAUGUGGUUGGAUUUCUCUGCCUCUGUCAGAGCCGGGGGGUCGAGUCUACUUUGGACUAGUUCUUCCUCUCUUUCAAUCUCUACCGGGGGCAUUCCAAUGCCGGAGGCUUCGCCAACCUUCAGCAGGUCCCGGAGUUCAGGCUUUUCGAUGAGGUCCCUUCAUCCCACAAGGGAUGGAAGGAUAAGUUCUGUUACAUCUGCUUGACGGAGAACCCCUUCCUUGCUCCCCUCCGUGAUAGCUUCCGAAGACACCCGAAGGUAGAGGGUGCCACUCUCGAGAAGAAUUGCAGGAAACUCUGCAAGAAGCCGGAGGGGUCUGAUAAGCAUGUGAAGAUCAAAGACGCCACCCUCCUUGAUGAGCUGUAUGACUUGCACUUCCGUCGGUACCGCCUGGUGGGGGAGGAAGAUGAAAGAUACCCCCCGAUAGAUCGUGUCUACGAGAGUCUCGGAGGUGAUUUCCCGAGGGUUUUCCGUUUUGUACUUAGGAAGUUUUUUUUUGUGAUUCAUAUAUGCUUUUGUGUUCAUGCCUUCGGUCUCACACCUGACGUGUUUUUGCAGGUAGCAAUAUGGACGUAAACUCCCUCUUCGCUCUGAAGAAACAAAAGGCGAAGAAGAAGGACCCCUCGGGUCAGAAGCCGGUUGAUGAUCUUUUCUAGAAGGGCGGGGAGGAGUCUUCCAAAGCUACCGCCGCCGGUGUUGGAGCGAGGAGCUCCCAGGGCGAGGGGGCCCUGAAGAAGAAAAGGGGAGGCAAUGGGGUUGAGCUUCCGGCCAAGAAGCCGAAGGAUGUGGACUCUGGCAAACAGCCCGCCAACGACGAAGUCAUCAUUAUGGAUGAUGUUGGCGCCCUCGGUUCUAUCCCCCAGGAGCACGUCAGUCAGGACUUCUUCAGACGGGAGAAGUUGGAGGCCAUUUUACCGAGGGGGCCCUCCAUCCUGGAAGGUAGCCUCAGCCCCUCGGCGCUGAUGAGAAAGGUUAUGCCCUCAACUGACCGGUUGGCCCUCACCCGGAUGGAUGAAAGCACCAUUGAGGCAAAGAUUCUUCUGAGUAGCGCCUUCAACUUCAUGGGCCUCUGUGAGUACCUCCGGAGGGUUGAACAGAUGAGGGAGGCCAGGGGUGCUGCUGAUGCAGAGGCUGUUAACCUCAGAAAGAUGCUGGCCGAAGCCGAAGACUCCCUCUGCAUGGCCACUGAGAGCAUGGAGCAGUGGGUGCAAGCUGCCAAGGCUCAGGGCAUAGCCGAGGCCAAGGUGACGGGCGCCAAAGUUGCAAGGGUUGCUGCUGAGGAGGCCGAGAGGGCGAAGGCCGAAGAGGUGGCCAAAGCUGAGAGGGUUGUUGUGGAGGCAUUCGUCACUGGGGGCUGGAUGGGAGAGGACAGGGAAAGCUGGGUCUCCUCGGUGGUGGAGAAGAAGGUUGACUCUUGGGUCGAAGGCCCUGGAAAAAUGUGGCUGGCUGUGAAGGGUGAUUCCUAGUACCAGGGCGGAGAGUUCUUCACCCAACGUCUCAUCUACCGGAAGCUGGCUCAGCACUUCAACAUCUUGCCGGAGGAGUUCCAUCCUGAAGCUUAUGGUCUUCCCCCUCAGCAACCAGACAUCAAGAUUCCCCUCCUCUCAGGUGAAGAGAGGCCAGUGCUGGAGCACUCUGAGACUAUGAGAGAAUGUGGCCUCGGUGAUGAGGAUGAUGUCGAUGGUGGUGCCACCUCAAAGGCCGCUGAGGAAUGAUUUGCAUUUGUAAAAUUUUUGAACAAUCGUUUGUAACGAUGUUUUUAGCCUCUGGCUCCGGCCCUUAAGAACAGUCUACUUUCUCUUUUUUUCUAGAUGGAUGUGUGGAUGCCUUCGGGCUUUUUAUGAAUAUCUUGAAUGAAUG